AUGGGGGCAGCCGCGUCAUCCGGGAGACAAAUCUCACGCGUGGCGAGCGCUCCACCCCACGAUCGCUCGCAGGCCAUGCUGCUCGUAAACGGAUCCGUGAGACGGGCCGCAAGAGGAAAGGUCAACCGCCCACUGUCCCACGGGGAUAUUGGUGUUGAUCUUGGUGCCAUGCAUAAGAUCGAUCAGCGGCGCAAAAAGACCGGGACCGCUAGCGGGGCGGGAAUCCAAGACACAAGUAAAGAGGCUGAUCCUGCCACGUUGCACAUUCUCAGUGCCGUGAAGGAGGUGGACGCGUUGCCUGAUGACAAGGCCUCACUGAAACUGCAGUUGCUGCGUGGGUGCUACCCCUUUCUUGCGCAGGUUCCUACACACCGUUUUGACCACCUCGCGGUACUCGUGUACCAAAAGGAGGGUGACGUGUACUUUGGCCAAGGCGAUGGGGAAGGUGCCAAGACGACAUACAGUCGUGCUAUUCAAAUUGCGGAGACGCGUGUGGCCCGCGGUGAGAAGGAGAUCUACAUGGUUCUCAAAAGAUACGUUCUGGCCAUGGUGGGCAUGGCACGUUUGUGGUACGCGCAGGAGCGCGAGACCACCGGCUUCACGUUUGCUGACAAGGGCCUUCCCACAAUGAUCUCGCGGGAGGACAGUACCAGCUCGUUUAGCUCCUACGAAAGUAGUGUGCUUUCCGACACUAGUAUGUUUAGCCUGAACCAAGAAAUUCUCAAGUCGAUGGCGCCAAAAUCGCCACGCCGUCGCGCUGGUCCGUCAGUCAACGUCGUACGAUUGCUUCGCCCGGCGACAAUGAAAAUGAACUUUACGGCUGAGGACGAUUUUGUGCUGCGGAGCAAAAUGACACGCGAGUUAAAGGCAUCUCCGUGUGAGUUGUUGCUGCUGCGCUGUAUCGAGGUAGUAGAGAUAGGACACCGGCGGCAGUCCGAGCUGCUCAUUCCCGCCCUUAUUGAGCUGGCACAGAUAUACGAGGACUUGCGUCUGUACAAUCGGUCCCUCCUGCUGGUGCGCCGUUGCCUUGGUAUUUUAUCUGUUGUGUAUGAUUACGAUCAUCCGUGGAUAAUACAGCUGCGGCGCCGUGCGGACUUUCUUAUGAAAGCUGUAGAGGAAGAGACAAAGGAGACCAUGGCGACGAAGAUUCAAGCUACUUGGAAGAUGUACAAGGCGAUGCGCCUACUAGAAGAGGCUCUUGGACGGCCGGUCACACGCCAUGUGUGGAGUCCAGCGACGUACCAUAGUCAAGCAAACGAUAGGGAUUUCCUAAAGGACUUUGUGAACGACCUGCCGGAGGGCACCGUGCUGUAUGGCUCAGGUGAAGUGCCGGGCGUGUUUGAUACGGGUGGUGUGGCGGAUGAGGAGCACGGGGCGGAUGGCGGCAGACGCAGCGUGAGCGACGGGUCCUCGUCACCAGCGGCACCACGCGGCGAGGAGGGCCGUGGGCUGUCACCGGAAUCGAGGAUGGAGCGGCCACCGUCUUCGCUGCGACGUAGCACGAGAGUGAUGGAGGGGUCUUCACCGCCUUUACCUGGCGCUGAGGGGCCUCACGAGGAGUUCCCCGUCGCGGCGGAGUACCCACCGAUGCAUGCGGAGGGACGGACCCCUGUGAACACCACGUUCAUUCCGAAUGGAAGGGUGGUCAACACGGCACAGGAGACGCAAACUGACACGCACCUGCAGCACACUGCCUACGGUGGGGUAUUGACGGUUCGCACGACGACGGUCACCCGCACCACAACGGAGCGAGAGGUCGGCAGCGACGAGGAGGACUCCGUUGACGAGGAGGAGGAAUACGUUGCUGCGCACGACGCAAGUGAAGCCGAGGGAGGGGUCAGGUCGCCAUCUGGUAGAAUCCUCGAAUUUGACCCAUCGAAGCGAAAUGCUUACACUGCCGCUUCUUCCUCGAAAAGGAGAGGUGUGGGUGACUCCGACGCGAGGGGGAAGAUCAGGGUGUCGGUAACGUCUCCGCUGCCACGCACUUCAAGGCAUGGGAACGACCACGUGAGUAGUGCUUUCGCAACGGCUACAGAUGGAGCCAGCAGCGGCCAUGUGAGAAAUGGUGCGGUGCGCAACCCCGAGCCUACGAUCCCGUCUGAUGCGCCAAUGAGCCGCUCGCCCUCCGUGCAGGAAGAAGGCAGACACCGCAUGCGCAGUCUGAGGGCCCAGCAUGGGGAGUAG